AAGUGCACACGAACUCGUACAAACUCUUCGCGGGAGAGAGGCCGCCAGGGAGGCGUAGAUGGAUCUGAAUAUGUUGGAGAUGUGAGGAUUCUUCCACAUCAUUGUUAACUGUCAAAUGCCAGUGGACUGAAUAAAGAAAACUGUCAUGAGCUCCCUCCAACCACCAGUUCCACAGCAGAUUCAGUGGAGAUUUUGGUUUCAUCUGGUUUUAGAGCUUUAUAUUUAGGGAGUAUUUUUAUUGAUUGAUGACUUGUUGAAGGGUGGAGGUGGAGAAAGUGUUAAAACUUGAUUCCAUUCUGAAAAGUGACUCCAGAAAAAAUGACUAUAUAUUUUCAAAAGUAAUUAGGGCUGUCGAUUAAUCGCCGUUAACUUACACUAUUAACUCAAAAAAAUUAAUCACGAUUAAUCACAGUUUUAAUUGCACUGUUAAUAGAAUACCAAUUGAAAUUUAUUAAAUAUUUUGGGGUUUUUUCUACCUUUUCAUAUAUAUUGUAUUCUGUGUUGUAAUUGAAAUCAAAUGUGUUAUUUUUGCUUACAAAUAUUUGUACUAUAAAAAUGAUAAAGAAAAGAAAUAGUAUUUUUCAGUUCACCUCAUACAAGUACAAUAGUGCAAUCUCUUUGUCAUAAAAGCGCAACUUACAAAUGUAGAUUUUUUUUUUUUUGUUACAUGACUGCACUCAAAAACAAAACAAUGUAAAACUUCAGAGCCUCCAAGUCCACUCAGUCCUACUUCUUGUUCAGCCAAUCACUAAGACAAACAAGUUUGUUUACAUUUGCAGGAGGUAAUGCUGCCCUCUUCUUAUUUACAGUGUCACCAGAAAGUGAGAACAGACAUUUGCAUGGCGCUUUUGUAGCCAGUAUUGCCAGGUAUUUACGUGCCAGAUAUGCUAAACAUUGGUAUACCCCUUCAUGCUUCGGCCACCAUUCCAGAGGACAUGCUUCCAUGCUGUUGAUGCUCAUUUAAAAAAAUAAGCGUUAAUUAAAUUUCUGACUGAACCAAUUGUAUGUCCCCUGCUCUGUUUCAUCCGCAUUCUACUAUAUAUUUCCUGUUAUAGCACUCUCGGAUGGUGAAGCAGCAUGUGGUUCAUUUAAAGAACACUUUCAUUGCACAUUUGACAAAACACAAAGAAGGUACCAAUGUGAGAUUUCUAGAGAUAGGUACAGCACUCAACCCGAGGUUUAAGACUCUGAAGUGCCUUCCAAAAUCUGAGAGGGACGAGGUGUGGAGCUUGCUUUCAGACGUCUUAAAAGAGCAACGCUCCAAUGCAGAAACUGCAGAACCCAAACCACCAAAAAAGAAAAUCAACCUUCUGUGGGUGGCAUCUGACUCAGAUAAUGAAAAUGAACAUGCGUCAUUCCGCACUUCUUUGUAUUGUUAUUGAGCAGAACCCGUCAUCAGCAUGGAUGCAUGUCCCCUGGAAUGGUGGUUGAAGAAUGAAGGGACAUGUGGAUAUUUAGCUCAUUUGGCACAUAAAUAUCUUGUGAUGACGGCUACAACAGUGCCAUGAGAACACCUGUUCUCACUUUCAGGUGACAUUGUAAACACGAAGCAGGUAACAUUACCUUCUGCAAAUGUAAACAAACUUCUUUGUCUUGUAUUAGGUGAAUUGAAAAAUACUAUUCCUUUGUUUUUUUGCAGUAUAAAUACUUGUAAUCAAAAAUAAAUAUUAAGUGAGCACUGUAUACUUUGUAUUCUGUGUUGUAAUUGAAAUCAGUAUAUUUGAAAAUGUAGAAAACAUCCACAAAUAUUUAAAUAAAUUGUAUUCUAUUAUUUUUUAACAGUGUGAUUAAUCACAAUUAAUGUUUUUAAUUGAUAGCCCUAAAAGUAAUAUUAAACAAAAAAUGAGCUAUAUGUUUAAAUUGGUACUGCAGUCAUUACUGGCAACACCAGAAGAAAGUAAGUCUGAGUUGCUCAUGUGUACGAGUGAUUUUCACAUCAAGUUUGCCCAGUUUAUAAGUUUAAAAAAUUAAUACUGGGACCUUCAAACUACCAACCCUUCAAAGGCAGCCUGGGAACUGAAAUUUUAGCUGUUUAUCAUCAUUGUCAAUAAUAAAGAUUCUGCAGGCCAAGUGCCCUCAUUUACAUCUGGUCUUCACAUUCUACUUUCAGUUCUAGUUAUGCAACCCUAUUGCCUUUGAAUUUGAAGACCGUGGGGUUGCAAAGGUGGCCCUACAGUUGGGAAUGAACAAUUCUCUCGAUGUACAAGUCAGAAAAGAAUUCAUGUCUGGAAGUUGUCAUCUUAGAUAAUAAUUUCAAGAGUAGAACUGCAUUCUAACUUUUAAAAUAUUGAUUCUAAAGACAACCUGAUCUGUUUUGUUGUUGUAUCUGCUGAUAAACUAAUGUAUUUUGAUAUACUGCUGUGGCAGCAAGUUCUUUAAAAUAUAUAUAUAUUUAUUUUGAUAUAUAGCUCCAUGUUCUACAGUAGAAGUUACCUCUGUGCUAACUUGAUUUUGACCACUGAAGAUGAAGCAAGACUCUUCUCGAAACGCUACCUACACUGUGGAUUGUGAGGAUUAUGUGCAUGUGGUGGAAUUCAAUCCAUUUGAUAGUGGAGAUGUAGGUUCCCUAAUUGCAUAUGGUGGCAAUAAUUAUGUAGUUAUUGGGACUUGCAGAUUUCAGGAGGAGGAUACAGAAGUGGAAGGAAUACAGUAUGAGACACUAAGAACGUUUCAUCAUGGGAUCAGAGUCGAUGCCAUAGCAUGGAGUCCAGAAACCAGACUGGAUGCUUUACCUCCCCAGAUAAGAUUUUGUACUGCAGCUGCUGAUAGGAAGUUAAGGCUAUUCACUUCAGAUCUCCAGGAUAAGAAUGAAUAUAAGAUCUUUGAUGGCCACUCAGAUUACAUUAAUGAUCUGGUAUUUGCCCCUAAAGAAGGUCAAGAUAUUGCAAGUGUGAGUGAUGAUCACACGUGCAGGGUUUGGGACUUGGAAGGAAAUCAAAAGGCUUAUUUUGUUCUACGUUCCCCUGGAAUGAGUGUGUGCUGGCAUCCUGAGGAGGCUUUUAAGUUGAUGGUAGCAGAGAAGAAUGGAACAAUACGAUUCUACGAUCUCAUUACCCAGCAGGCCAUUCUGUCUCUCCAGUGUGAACAAACGCCAUUGAUGUCUGCACAUUGGUGUUUAAGAAACACGCUUAAAAUUGGAGCAGUUGCUGGAAACGAUUGGUUAAUCUGGGAUAUUACUCGCUCUAGUUAUCCACAAGAUAAGAGACCUGUCCAUGUGGAUCGAGCCAGAUUAUUCAGGUGGUCCAGAGUGAAUGAAAACUUGUUUGCAACCACUGGCUAUCCAGGAAAGAUGACUUGCCAGCUUCUAGUUCAUCAUUUAGGACACCCUCAGCCCAUUCUUAUUGGCUCUGCAGCUGUGGGAUCCGGUUUGACGUGGCAUAGGACUCUUCCAUUAUGUGCAGUUGGUGGAGAUCAUAAACUUUUCUUUUGGGUGACAGAAAUGUAAAAUAAAUGUCUGCUCUGAUUAUUAAAUUCUCAAAUAUUGUCCCUUUUUGUAGUAAAAAGUGACUAGAUUUCUUCAUUCUUGUAUAUUAAUAUUUAUUGGAACACGAAUAAAAUAACCAAAACACAUGAAACUCAAGUUGAAUCCCUUUUGCUUGUUUUUAGAUGACAAUUAUAACAAGAUUUGUUAAAGCAAAUACUGUGUUUGAGAUAGUGGUGUGACUUUCAUAAUAAAACAUAAGUAUCUUUUUUCACAAUAUUUGUUGAUGAGAUGUUUUUAAACAACCUUCUUCAGACCAGUGGUUUUCAAACUAUUUUUCUGGGGACCCAGUUGAAGAAAAUUGUUGAUGCCCACAACCCAACGGAGCUAGGGAUGACGGGUGUGGGAGGGGGCUCUGGGCUGGCGCAGGGGGUUGGGAUGCGGGAGGGAGUCAAGGUUCUGGGCUGGGGGUGCAGGCUCUGGGGUGGGGCCAGGGAUGAGGGGUUUGGGAUGCAGGAAGGGGUUCCUGGUUUGGGGGAGGCUCAGGGCUGAGGCAGGGGGUUGGGAUGUGGGAGAGGGUCAGGGUUCUGGGCUGCAGCUGAGGGGGCUGGGGUGCAGGAGGGGCUCUGGGUUUGGGGGGCCUCAGGGCUAGGGCAGCAGUACAGGCACGGACUUACCUCUGAUGCGGAGCCAAUGCUCGGGGCAGGGGCAGUGCAUGGAGCCCUGUGGCCCCCCUGCCUAGAAGCUAGACGGCUGCUGGCCACUUCCAGGUUGCAGCACGGUGUGGAAACAAGUAGGCACUAGCGUGUCUUAGAUGGGCAGCACCGCCUGUAACGUUAUUGACGAGCUGUGACCGUAUAGAUCAUUGUUGCACCAAAUCUUGUACAAAGGAAGUCAAGUAAGGUGUCUAUGGAAAGGUUGUAAUUUGCUGUUUAUGAUUGUGCUGUCUGUAUGUGUGUAUCGUUUUUGUAUUUGAAGUUACGAAUAUUGGCUCUGUACUUGUAUCUCAAUGUGUUUGAUUCUAAGUAGCAUCAGUGAAGCAUUUGGUCAGCUUCUUGAGAAAGAACUAUUUUGAGUAAGUGCCCAAUCAAGAAACACUUAACUGACAAUGGACUUUGGGAGACGCCAGUCCACAUCUGAGGUUUCCUGGGAACAUUCAAACUAACAUGUAAACAAUGGCAUCUGCCUCCAAAAAGCUGAAUCAUUCAUGGACAUGUGACUUGUGACUUAACCAGGUGGCUACAAAUUCCAUCUUGUUGCUGUGAUUUUGCACAGAAGAACAAAGGGGUUUCCGCCCACAAGAGAGAGAGAAUAUAAAAGGCCCUGGAAGCUCCUCCAUUUUGUCUUCAGCUGGCUCAAGAGAUGGCCUCUCCACCCCAAAGAGAUGCCUGAAAGAAACUGGAACAAAGGACAGUAACUAGGGGGUGUGAGUGAUUGCUGGACCCAGGCCAUAAACUACAAUGUUGGUCUGAAAAGGGCCCAGACAAGGAAGGAGUCCAGUCUGUGAAAGAAGCUUACUGGAACAUCUCAGAGGGUGAGAUUUACCUAUAUUCAGUUUCUUAAUGUAUUAGGCUUAGAAUUGCAUGUUUUUGUUUGAUUUUGCUUGGUAACGUACUUUGUUCUUUCGGUUAUUAGUUGGAACCACUUAAAUCCUACUUUUUAUACUUAAUAAAAUCACUUUUGCUUAUUAAUUAA